AUGAGAGAUCUCAAAGGAAAAGGAGAAGUCAAAGCAUUCUCAAGUGGUACUACUACAGGAAACAUUGAUCAAUCACAUGAUCCCGUUUCAUACAAACAAGCUGUAAUGAAUUCAGAUUGGGUUGAAGCAAUGAAUUCAGAACUUAAUGCUUUAAACAAAAACAACACAUGGACUUUUACACAACUACCAAAAGAUGCAACUCCUAUGCAACUUGUUAAUGAUCCUAUUAAUGAUGAUUUAUGUGAUGUUAAUCAAUAUAGAAGACUUGUUGGUCGACUGUUAUAUUUAAACUUUACAAGACUUGACAUUGCUUAUUGUGUUCAACAAUUAAGUCAAUUCAUUAAUAAACCAUUUAAAUCCCAUUUUGAGGCUGCCAUACAAGUUGUCAAAUAUCUCAAAGGGACUCCAUCUUUGGGAUUAUUUUUCUCAUCACAUACAAGUUUUAAAUUAUCUGCAUAUUCAGAUAUUGAUUGGGGAUCCUGUUUAGAUUCUAGAAAAUCAUUAAUAGGGUAUUGUAUAUUUGUUGGAAAUUCUCUUUUUGCUUGGAAAACAAAGAAACAACAAACUAUUUCUCGUUCUUCAGCCGAAGCUGAAUAUCGAAACUUGGCAGUGACAGUUUAUGAACUACAAUGGCUAACAUAUUUGCUUAUUGAUGUUAUGAUUAAAGUUGAUUUUGCCAGUUACACUUUAUUGUGA